AUGCCGAAAAACACGAAGUCCUCAGCGACUUCGGGUACGCGGAAGAAGAAUGCUCGCAAGGCAGCUGCAGGUGUACCCCCUCUGGAAAAGAAACAGAAAGGACAGAAAAAAGAGCCGCGGAAGAAGGUCUACAUUCCUCCCUCUAAGCCGGCCCCACCGCAGCCAGAUCCAUUGGAUACUCUCGGCCUUAUACAUAGACUUCCUCCGGAACUUAAGGAUCCAGUCACGAAGGGACGGGCUCUGGAAGAGCUUCAAUCAAAAUGGAUCGAUGAAAGCUCAAGGAAGGGAGAUGAGAGCAUGGAAUGCGAUGCACUCGUCACGAUGCUACCGGUUUGGUUUCAUAGGGCUCCUGUAUUCUUCACACAUGCUGUCCGCCGGAUCCGCCUCUUGGCCGCUGCACUCCAUUUCUCGUAUCUACGGAUCCCAGCUGUCCGGGAUGCCGCUAUCUUCUUUUUGAGAGAUACUGCAACAUCUGAGCAAAUUGAAGCUCUUAUGGGUACAUGGUGCAUGCUCGCCCACGACGUUGACCGUCAGGUAUAUCUGCUGGGACAGAAGUCCUGGUCUAGUGUCACCUCUCCAGGUGUAGACGGAGAAACACUAGUGAAUUUCGAAAUGCUGGCCUCUAUCAUGGAAUUUCUCCAAAGAAUUCUUUUGGAUCCUUCAGGAGUUCAUCUUUACCUCAAUCCUGCUGCACCUGUUGCACCUCCCACUCCGGGCAUCAAGAAGCCCGGCGGAAGAUUUAUUCCGGCAGCCCCUAGGGAAGAACUAGAAUCUAACAAGGCAGAUGAAGAGAGUGAUCUUGAUAGGAAUGCUCGGCUUCGUUUUGGUGCACUGAGCGCUUUCCGCUGGCUCUUUGACGCUCGCCUUGCCUCAAAGAUUACGUCUCUAGAUGAUCUAUCUAGGUUGCUAUCUAACCCACUGUUCUGGACGUCGUUGUAUUGUGGUGAGCAUGCGCCUUGGAUUCCGGACCCUGAAAUCCACGGUCUUGGGCAUGGGCAACCUCAAGUACGUCAGGCCACGUGGGCACUAUUGUCUGUGUUGCUACAACGUUACAAAGGCGCGAUUGAGCCACUUAUUCCCAUACUGAGCGUCGUUUUACUUCGUUCUGCAUGGGUCGAGACGGACUCAGGGGUUAGAAAUGUUUUGUUCCAGCCGGUCUUAAUUUUCCUCAAAGAGUUCCCAAACGCGUGGAUUCUUGAAGGGGCGUAUGACGCAGAUAAACACGAGGACGGUGAUGAUUCGGAUUCGGAUAGCGAGGAACUUGAGACUAAAACAUCUUCCACUCGCAAGGAAUAUUCUUCUGAGGCAUACCGCGAGUUUCUUCAAUUCCUUGAACUUGGAUGUGCUGGAUCACCCGUCGAUGGGUAUCCUACGGUCCUUGUUGUUUUAUCAACAAUUCCCUCCUCCGUGAUCGCCGCUUCCUCCAGGACAGGGAUGCCCCUCGACGAUUUCUUCACUUCGUUCUGGGCAGCGAUCAACGGCCAUGCUCUGAGUUCUUUAGAGAGAAAGGUGCCUUCUGCCUCAUUCCUUUCGUCUCUCCUGGAAUGUUUGGUGUUCUUCUUGAGAAGAUUAUUGAGUGGAUCUCAGUACCACGGAGCGUUAUCUGGGUCUGUCUCAGAUAGCCUGGUGCCAAAUAACACGCGUCUACAAGACGUGGCAAAUGAGCUUGUCAGAGCUCAAUUCACGCGCGUUUGGGAAGAGCUUAAAGCAAGGCACCUAAGAACUGACGAGAAUGAUGUGGGGAAGUUGAUGGUCAGUUCCUUACUAUCUCUGCAUCGCAUGAAUAUUGAUCUUUUCACAACUGCCUGGGAUACCGUCUCAAGUGCGGUUCUUUCUCAAGGAGACGAGAAUCUCUCUCUUACACCUACAGUGCUCCGGAUUUUCGUGGACACUUUUGAAACGAAAGACCUUCCUGCAGAGGUUACACGCACUCUCAUAAGCAAGUAUGUGCAGGAAACUGUUGGAAAGUGCGAGACGGUCCUUGCCUCUGAUGCGACCAGUGCUAGAGUUUUGAGGAACAUCAGCGUAGUGAUCACGCUCAUGGAAACAUUUGGAUCUCAUCUAUUCCGGCACACCGACUUCGCUGUGAGAGUGGAUAACAUGUUUGUUAACAAUGCGCUCCGCAUUCUGCAAGCUUCUCCUCAGGCAAUAUCUGCGUUCAUGUCUCGUCGGAAUGACGAAGAUAUUUGUGUGGAGCUAUGGCAUGUUUUACUGGUGGAUGUUUCCCAACAGAUCGACAUGCUGUCGUCACUGCUGGACGUGAUUGGCGCCGACAUAUGUCCCAAAUAUUUACGGCCCGAGGACGGCGACGAUUUGGUAAAGAGGCUUAUUCAGGCACAAAACUUUUUCCUCUCCGAAAACGGGCAAGAUAUUCUGUUCCAGACGCUCGUAUCGUCGUUGUCGUCCACUGUAGACGAUAUUCUGUACACAACGAAUGCGCUGUGCACUAAGCUAGCCACUGUGAUAGAGUUCACACGCAUCAUGCUCAGCAAGAACUAUGAACUUACCAGUGACUCGCUGGCAUUUGUUCUCCCAAAUGUUUUCAUCAUAGGAUAUCUACUACCAGUAAUGUUUUCCACAUUGGAAACACCUACAAUCGAUACCGCACGAGGGAUUUGGAAUCUCUGGGUUUCGAAGGCAGAUAUUGCACUACAGGGCGUCCUGAGCGGAAUGAUUAAAGAGAAGUUGAAAGAGCUUCUUCAAGAUUGCUCUACCUACACUCGACCAGAAGAUAUUCUAACCCUUUCAGGUCACAAGCUGAAAGGCAUUGAUAUCACCCCGCUUCCAGACAUCUUCCCUACACCAGGCGAAUUCGACACAAUGAUUAGCUCACUUCCGUCAGAUCCACCAGACCCUAGUCUUGCAUUCGUCGAGUCCAUUAUCCCAGCCAUCUCGGAGUUCGAUAACCCAACCAUCUCUGGCCUGAAAUUCGAUUCAAGGGGCUAUUCACCAUACAUCAGGGCUACAUCUGCUCUUCUGGCAUAUUUGGGUGACAACCGGAGCAUCGCUAAGGAGAAUAUGUGGGCACUUCGGCACAUAUUGAUACUUGCUCAAUACGCGAAUGAUGCUCUACGUGUCCCCGCAACUCCAAGUGGAUUAUUUGGGCCAGAUGUAUCGUGGUCAGAACUGCGCAGACUGCUAGGGAAGGUUCAUCAACUGUCCACUUACCUCCUGUCUACAGGCGACGAUGGUCUUCACAGUCAAGUUGUCAGCGCUUGCAUUUCGGCUCGCGCGACAACUUCAUCAGAUGCUUUGGUGUCUUUUGUCGUGGACGUUGUCAAUCACGCCAGAAGGGAAGAUGCUGUCAGAGAUGCGCUAGUAUUGCGCUCGGUGUUGAAGCACCUAUUUGCGAGCGCUAGCAAAACAGAUUCUGAACAAUGGUUGAAUCUAGCACGUAGGCUGGAAAAGACAGCGCCCCAAACCACCGUGGCCAUCCUCGCUAGCAUCACUGAAUUUGCUCCAGAACCAUUAAGAAUGGACCGUUACCGGAACGAGAUUGCCUCGGAUGUUCUCGGAGUGCCUGCUAGUAGAGCAAACACGACAGGAGUCGUCUUGCUUCGUCGUCUUGCAGCGACAGCCCCUGAUCCUGAGUCCGAUGUGGUGUUCUUGCCACAGCAGCGCGCUGUCAAUGUCGUGAAGACCUGUCAAGCUUGGGUUUCUUCUGACGAUGAUAUCGAUGAAGAUGUGGAGAAUAUGAUGCCACUUUUGUUCAUCCAUUUGUCCCCGAUUUUGCAGAACGUUGCUGGGAAUCAUUGGGAAUUUAUCUUUGAUGUGGUUGAGAACAACUUGGAGAAUUGUUCUUUUGCCGACAGCGCAACACUGACGAUGCUAGGGAGAUCGUUCCGCCUUAUCCUCGCUAUUCAAGAUCUAGUCCUUACCAACAAGCCCCUGCGUGCAAGCUGGGACGGGAAGAAAGAAUCUAUUUUGGUGCUUGUUAAGAAUUUGGUAUCCACGAAGCUUGGUCAGUCGCAACUCAGACCAGUAGAGCAUGACGCUGAAGUUGUCACAGAUGGUGCCGAUCGUUCUGAACCACGUUCUCUGUGCAGGGAACUAGCGCUUGCGAUGUGUCACCUCCUCACCGACCCUUCCUAUGAAGUUCAGCGCAUGGGGUACAGCCUUCUGCACAAAGCAGCUCGAAAGCGGACCGAAUAUUUUGUCAUCGAGUCUGCUGUUGAGACAGAGGACACUGUCGGCGCUGAACUACCUGCUGAACUUCUCACGAUUUUGCAAUCGAAUCUCACGUCAGCAGAGGGAUUUUAUGAUUCUGAAUCAGACAAUGUCAAGAUCGAUUUGUCGGAACUAUACAAAGUUUCUGGUUAUCUACUAGCAUGGAUGAUUAUGUUCGAUUUAUUCAUCGAUGCUUCUAUCAAAGUUAGGUCACAGUACUUCAAUCAGAUGAGGAGCCUUGGUAUCAUGGGAGACUUCUUCAUUCCUAAUGUUUUCGAUGUCCUUGGCCUGUUCAGUGGAAAGAAGAAGGCAUUCAAACUUGAUAUUUGGGCAGUCGACGACUUUUUCAUUGACCACUUUGAGCCCGAGAGCAUCCUCGGCAUACGACUCCUAGCCGCUCAUAUAUAUCAUCGAGCGCUUCUGACAGUCCCAGCAUUAAUACGAGCCUGGAUCUCAGACUGUUCAGACAGACAGCUAUUAUCGCGCGUGGUGGACUACACUGCUUCAUACUUCUCACCAGGCAUUAUCAGAGCCGAGCUUGCGCAAGUGCGGCAGGCUGAUCCAUCGUCAGAGCUACACACAACGGAGAAUCUCGUCGUCAAAGUGUCACCGAGCGCUGGAGAGGUCACAGCCUCUUACACAGUCGAUGAUCAAGUGCUGGAAUUGUCUCUGAGAUUGCCAAACGACUGGCCAUUGCACCGACUUGACAUCCGUGAUACAAAGAUGGUCGGGGUAUCUGAGGAUAAAUGGAGAGCUUGGGUGCUGGGAGUACAACAAAUUGUUUGGCAACAGUCAUACGCAGAACGGUCGAUCGUCGACGGCCUAACUUUAUUCACGAAAAAUGUGACCCUUCACUUCGCUGGUCAAGUGGAGUGUGCAAUCUGUUACUCGAUUAUCAGUGUCAUGGAUAGCAGUCUUCCACAGAAACCUUGCAAGACCUGCAAGAACCGUUUCCAUGCAAGUUGCUUGUACAAAUGGUUCAAAAGCAGUCAUUCAUCAAGCUGCCCGCUUUGUCGGUCUGACAUGCUGUGA